ACAUUUUUAUUUUUACCACCAUCCCUUUCUUAAUGGUAAACCUACUUGCAUCGUUACGCAGUGGCUUUGCUCUUGCUUUCAAGAACGUGCCAGAGUCGCGAGUGAAUGCUUAUGUUUCUAGUGGUUGUAGCCUGAAACCAACACUUGUGGCAGCCAUGAUGUUGCACACAAAGGCUAGGCAAGCUCAAUAUCCUGGAGCUGGGGAUGAUAUACAGCGAUUCCAAAUCAGUGAUGAUCAUGUCAGCUGGGACAGCAACUGUGCUGAAUACACUCCGGUUAAUUACACUGCUCCAGUUGUUCUCAAGCAGCCUGUCUGGGCCGACACAGACAUCAGGUCGGGCAGUGCACAGCAGAUCGCAUUCAACACACUGGACGGCAAGAUUGACAGACGUAGCCGCAAUGGCGAGUAUAGUGUGGUAGAUGGCGUUCCGCAAAAUCCAGCUGGACGAACGGGCAUGACUGGCCGUGGCUUGCUAGGACGCUGGGGGCCAAAUCAUGCAGCCGAUCCUAUUGUCACCAGGUGGCGAAGAGAUGCUGGUGGAAAGGUUGAAGAGAAGAACGGUCAACGAGUGCUGGAAUUCGUGUCGAUACAACGUGCUGACUCCGGUGCAUGGGCCAUACCUGGUGGUAUGGUAGAUCCUGGAGAGAACGUCUCGGCCACAUUGAAACGAGAAUUUGGUGAAGAGGCGCUCAACUCGCUUGAAUCAGAUGAAGGUGUGCGCAAAGAAAUGGAGAAGAAACUUGAUGGUAUAUUUCACAGUGGCGAAGAGGUGUACCGUGGUUAUGUUGAUGAUCCGCGUAACACGGACAAUGCCUGGAUGGAAACCGUAGCUGUCAAUUUCCAUGACGACACAGGAGAAACGCUUGGAAAGUUCCAACUUCAAGCCGGUGAUGAUGCCAAGGCAGUGCGAUGGCAAGCCAUUGACAGUGACAUGGCCAUGUAUGCUAGUCACAAAUUCUUCUUGCAGAAAUCUGCAGAAUUAAGAGGUGCCAAUUUCUGAGUUGUUCCUAGUUGUUUUUUAUUAGCGAUGCUGGCUGGUUUCCUUGCAUCUAGCCGUUUUAUACUUUCCUCGUCUUCCGACUCCUAUUCUUCAUGUAGUCUAUAUUUGUAGUUGAAUAGCAUUCCAAAUGUAGUUGGCCAUCUAUACAUGUCCGUGGCUAUACUGCAAUGUUGUGUACUUCAUACAUGUAGUGUAGAGUAGACCACUGCACAUGCAGUUUGCAGCGAAUGAAAACGUCGAGCUUCUCCUGCUCAUUGUAAUGAUACUGUUGCAAAGUUUCCGUUUCUGUUUAUUUUUAUAUUGGUCAAGUACCUUUACUUUUCUUCACGAAACUCCUCUCCACUGAUCCACUUUCGGUUUUUCAUAAUAAUUGUAUCUUCUUCUAAAAAAAGGUCUUUCACCCUUCA